AUGUCAACCGAAAAUACUCAAGAAUCUAUUGUAAAUAUCGAAGAAGGAGAAAGUGUGAAAGUAAAAGAGCUAUAUUUAGCUAUUAGUCCAAAUGGCGAUUUUGUUGUAGAAUUUGUAUUAUUGUCAAGUGAUUCAAGAUUAUGGGAUUUUGAAGUUCGCAUGUAUAAUGUGAUUGUUGAGAAUUCGAAGAAAGAUGACUACUUGGAUCUGAAAGAUGGCAAAAGAUUAUCUUACAGAAAACUUUCUGAAAUUGCUACAUCUAAAAAAGGAUUUACAAAAGAGCAAUCAGAUUUGAUUACAUUAAAAGACAAGCUGGGUUGGUCUGUUGCUGUGUCAGAUAGACUCAAGUCACACAAAUCAACUAUUAGAUUAUUAGCGAUAUCCUGCAUAAGCAAAGAAGAUAUGACACAUCAUUCAAUUAGUGAAACAAAGAUAAGUCUUGAUAAAUAUGGUGGAAUAGUCAAAUUAUUUUCAAAAAAUGAAGAUAGCGAAAAGACAGAUAAGGAUAGCCAAAAUAUUGAUAAAAAUACCAAUGAAGAUAAUUCUCAAUAUAUGAAUAAAUACUUUCUUCAUUAUUUUUUAGUAGAUACUACAGAUGAGGGUGCACAAUAUAUGGAGCUAUAUGAUUUAAAGACAAAUCAAUUAGUAAGCACCUUUAAGAGGCGAAAUUUAAACAGCUUAAAUCUCAUAGCAGAUAUUUCUGAUAAUUUUGUAAUAUCACACAAUAACAAAUUAUUAGCGUAUAAAUCUGGAACUCAUGUCAAAUUAUACUUGAUUGAAUGUGGACUUGAGAUAGCAUCUAUAGAACUUGAAACUGACGAAGCAUCUUUUGAUGACUAUUUCUUGCAUUUUUUUAACAAUGAUGAGAGAUUAUUAAUAUAUCAAUCAAAAAAUAAAUGGACUAUUUGGGAUAUUUUCGGUUCAGUACAUAAGUCAAUUAAACUCGAAAAUCAACUUGAGUUAGAUCUUAAAAUUGUAGGUAUUUUAUCCACGGCUAAUUAUUAUCAAUUGGAACGAUCAAGCUCUUUUAUAAUCCAAGAUUUGAAGACAUUAUCGCUAGAUGAAAGCUUUGUAGAGCAAGUUACUACGAGCAGUAAAAAGUUUUUUAUUUUAGACCUUGAUAAUCAAAAAUCAGAAUUAGAUGGAUAUUAUUGUAUAUUUGAGCCUUGGUUACUCGCAUCUGAUAACAAGGAUGAGGAAAAAGAAACUCCACAAUAUUCAGUUUAUCUCGACAAAAAAAAGGAAAUUCUACUUUUGAUUGGAAGUCAUACAAUUCAAGUUUGGCAUGAUCGAGCUAAAGAUAAUCGAGAUAAACAUGCUAAAAAAAGAACCCUUGAAUUCAUUAGCGUGAUUAAUAAGAAUGAAAGCAAAAGUGAUGAUAGAAAUGUUAUAAAAAGAAUCGAAUAUGCAAUUAGAAAAUUUAAACUUUCAAUUCAAUCCAAAGAUUCUCAAUCCGUAAUUGAAAUGGGAAGUGAAGAUGACGUAAUCUUUACUGUAAAAGAAGCUUGUUACACACUUAAAUUUUUGUAUGGUAUAUAUCAUGCAGAAAAUCUUAGUUAUUCUUUAUCAUUAGCUGUUGAAAGUCGCCAUUCAAAAUUUCAAGAGAUAGUCAAACAAACACGAAAUAUUAUUGUAAGAUUUAUUCAGUUAUAUCCGGUUACUUGGCGAUUAUUAAAUGUUCACUUUGAUUUAUUGAGUAUUCUCAUUGAAGCAAAGGAACAUCUGCUUAUAAAACAUAUAUUAUUCAAUGAAAAAAAGGAUAUUGAUAGUCCUGAGAAACGCAUUCUCAAAACUCUUGAUUAUAUAGUAUCCAAAUUAGAAAAAAAUGAAAAGAAUAAACUUUCACAUGAUAUAAAGCCAGAUCAGGAUAGUUUAUUACAUGAGAAAUCACUUCAUAUGCCCCAAUAUUCUUCAUGGGAAGGAAAUGAAAAUACGAUUCGCAAGGCCCUUAAACUUUCGGGUGAGAAUCCGAUAUAUCUAGGAUAUUUAUUGGAAUAUUAUUCUAAUAAAGCAGUUGAAGAUAUUGGGUGGAUGGUUACUGUUGGUGAAAUUUUACCAGAGUUAUAUGAUGAGGAUAAGGAUAAUGGGUUUUAUAAGUCGUAUAUUCAGCUAUUAUUUUAUAAACCUUGCUUUUGUGGAAAAGGAUUGGAUAUACCCUUUUUUGACUUUCUUGUAAUUCCACCAAGCAUAAGUAAUUCUUUAGAAGUUUUUAUACCUAUAACACAAUUGAUUCCACAGGAUUCUGAUUUAAAUGUAGAUGAAAUCAGGUAA